AUGGCAAACAAUGAUCACUUCGAGGACGGUGAGUCUUACCAAGAGGCUGGAAAAAAGUCACCUCUCGGAUUGAUCGACGCGUACGUCGACGCAAGGAGCCAAGCAUCCUUGCCAGAAAUCGCAAAUCUGAUCCAAGAACUUACUCAAAAAGGAGUUCCUUUGGACGAUAGAAAGGCCUCCACUGAGAUCCUCAUUGGCAUUCUUAUUUCUCUGCCCGCGUCAGAGCAAAGAACUCAAGUCACAAACUUGCUCAUCACUAAGCUCUGGAACAACCUUCAGCAUCCACCGCUGAGCUACAUAGGUGGUAAUAUUGAGUAUGAAGUCGUCAACUCCAGUGAGCCGAGCCACAAGCGCAAGAAGGGGUCUGAGAGCGUCGCUUUCCAGGCCCCAGACAGCCAUGUGAUGCUACGUGAAGAUACAUCACGCGAGGCAGAUGGCCUGCAUCAGUACCGAAUGCCUGAUGGGAGUUUCAACAAUAUUCUCCAGCCCAAUCUGGGCAAGGCCGGCACGGCUUAUGCCAAAUCGGUGAGGCCUGAGACAUUGCUUCAUGGCGUUAAACCGGAUCCAGGUCUGCUCUUUGACCUCUUGUUGGCUCGCAAUGACGAUACCUUCAAAGAAAACCCAGCUGGCAUCUCGGCCAUGCUCUUCUAUCACGCUGCCAUCAUCAUCCACGACAUCUUUCGUACAAGUCGCACGGACGGGAACAAAAAUGAUGUAUCCUCCUAUCUUGAUUUAGCGCCUCUAUACGGCUCAUCUCUCAGUGACCAGCUGGAGAUCCGUACGAUGAAAGAGGGCAAGUUGAAGCCAGACACCUUCUCCGAGAAACGUUUGCUCGGGCAGCCGCCUGGCGUUAAUGUCAUGCUGGUCCUCUACAGUCGCUUUCAUAACUAUGUUGCCGAUAUUUUGCUCAAGAUAAAUGAGAAUGGACGCUUUUCUCUAAUCUGUUCAGAGAACGCGAGCGCCGAGGAAAAAGCCAAGGCUAUGGCCAAACAAGACCAUGAUCUUUUCAACACUGCUCGUCUGGUUGUGGGGGGUUUGUAUGUCAACAUAUCUUUACACGAUUACCUCCGUGCCAUCACCAACACCCACCACUCAGCAAGUGACUGGACUCUAGAUCCAAGGGUUCCAAUUAAGGACCCCAAGGAUGAAGAAGAAUUGCCUCGUGGCAUCGGCAAUCAAGUCAGCGUUGAGUUCAACUUGCUAUACAGAUUCCACGCUUGUAUCUCUCUGAAAGAUGAACGUUGGAUCAACAAUUUCUUCCUUAAGCUCUUUCCGGGCCGCAACGCGGACGAUUUGGCAAACGUAAGCUGGGCCGAUCUUGGUCAGGCUUUGAUGACGUUUGAACAGAGCACCCCGAAGGAUCCCAGUCUUCGGACAUUUGAUGGCCUAGAGCGUCAAGCCGACGGCAGGUUCAAAGACGAGGACCUUGUGCGCAUUCUGAAGGAGGCAAUGGAUGAUCCGGCAGGCGUCUUUGGUGCCCGAAUGGUGCCAAAAGCGCUCAAGGUUGUCGAGGUUCUUAGCAUCAAUCAAGCGCGCAAAUGGCAGGUGGCCUCGCUGAAUGAGUUCCGCGAGUUUUUUGGCCUUAAGAAGUACGAGAAGUUUACCGAUAUUAACCCAAAUGUCGAUAUUGCCAAUAUUCUCGAGAAUCUGUACACAUCCCCUGACAUGGUGGAGCUUUAUCCAGGCCUCAUGGCUGAAGACAUCAAGCCUGCUCGCAACACAGGCUGCGGUAUAUGUCCAACUUACACGGUUGGCCGGGCUGUCCUCUCGGAUGCCGUCACACUUGUGCGAUCUGACAGGUUCAACACAAUUGACUACACGCCGGCAAACCUCACAAACUGGGGCUAUAACGAGGUCCAGUAUGAUCCCAAGACACUCGGCGGAUCUAUGCUGUACAAGCUCAUCCAGAGGGGCGUUCCUGGCUGGUUUCCCUUUAACUCUGUGGCCGUCAUGCAACCCAUGUACACAAAGAAGGCCAACAUAGAGAUUGCCAAGAAACUGAAAACCUUGGAUCAGUUCACAACAGACGACCCAAAGCCUCCGGCCAAACCAGUUGUUCUCUUCACUGGGGAAAGUGUCAAACAAAUCCUCGGCGCCACCGAUAAAUUUGUCGUGCCCUGGCUCCCGGCACUCAACUCCAUGUUUCCUGGUACAAAAGACGUGAGUUGGUACAUGCUCGCUGGAGACAGCGCUCGCAACUUUGAACACCGCGCCAAAUGGACCAAAGUGAUGAGCGAAUUGCCAGAUCUGCAGAAAGCUAUGACUGACCUCAUCGCGCAUGAGGGUAAGAAGCUAAUUCAAUCCGCGGCAUUUAAUCUUCAGCAAGGCCUUGACCAAAUAGACCUGAUCCGCGAUGUCGCUAUCCCACUAAACGCCCGGUUCCUCGGAGACCUCUUCUACUUUGACUUGAAAUCCGAGGAUAACAAAACUGGUGUCCUCAACAACGUAGAGCUAUACCGACAUCUGCUCAACAUUCGUCUCUGGGGAGUCAACAACAAUGACCCCGGACAAGCCUGGAAUCGCCGUCGCCACGCUCAGGAAAGCGCCAAGGUCAUCAUUGACACAACUCGCAAGCUUGUUGACGAGGUCAAAAGCCGCAGCAGUAAUUUCUUCGGUCACCACACGAUUCCUUCUGUGAAUGACCCCAAACCAGGCACCUUGCGUGCCUGUGGCCUCAAAAUUGUUGAAAAGUUUCUGGAACAGGGAACCUCGCCUGAGCAAGUUGUUGACAAUAUGUGGCUGACGGCAUUUGGCGCCGUUGGCGUUCUCGUCACUGUGGUUUAUGAAGUCAUGGAAUUCUUCCUCAAGCCUGAAAAUGCUUCCAUCUGGAAUGAAGUUCAGACUUUUGCUCAAGAGGGCGAUACCCAAAAGAUCCAGGCCUAUGUCAUGGAAGCCCAGCGACUUACAAGCUCACAGCGUUGCAUGCGCGUCGCAAAGCAGCCCAUUGAGCUCGAGGGGAAGACAAUCCAGCCUGGGAACUAUGUUGUAUUAAUGCUAGGCGAGGCUGGACGCAAUCCAGCCGAGGUCCCCAACGCGGACAAAUUUGACGCAACGCGAAAGCCAAAUGCUGUCAGCGCUUUCAGCUAUGGUCAGCAUGAUUGUUUCGGAAGGCAUAUGGCGAUCACCUUCAUUAGUGGACUUGUCACGCUCGCGGCCGGCCUUAAACAACUGCGUCCGGCGCCAGGGCAAAUGGGCCAGGUCAAGACUAUCCGUGUUGGCACUGAAAAGGCUUAUCUUAAUGAAAGCUGGUCCUAUCUUGGCUUCGAUGCUAGCACCUGGAAAGUCCAUUUCGAUGGCUAUGGUAAAGGCACUUUCGAGGGUGAGAGAGUGCCUACGAAAGUUAUGGAUCUGCAGCAAUACUACUAUUUGCUUCAGAAACGGAAGAUUGAGUCUGAUGAAUAA